GUUCAAUGUCAUUUCUGUGGUGCAGAUCUUGCGCAAUGGUUUUGUGCUCCUGGCUCAUCCGGGCAACCUGGAGAGCCAGCUGUCGCAGGUGCGUCAGCUCGCGGGUCUGCACAUGCGCGAGCUAGCGGUGCUCUGCCCCCGUCUGCUGACUGUGCCGGCCGAGAACCUGAUUCGUGUCGAGCGGCUGCUACAGGCGCACGGCAUCACGCCGGCUCAGGUGCAGCGCUGCAUCCGUAUCUACAGCCUCAGCCCAGAGACCAUUGAGAAGCGGCUGAAGGAGAUCACCAAGGUGGCGGAGUUUGAGGUGCGUCGCGAGUGUCCCCGCCUGCUGAACCUGGUGUACUAUGCAUCCAAGGCACGGCACCGUCUGGAGCUACUCUCGCAGUUGGGGCACCCUGCCAGCGGGGUGUCGAUCAACGUGCUCAGCAUGGCCGCUUCAGACUUUGCACGCGUCUUCUACAGCGGCAGCGACCGCGGCCGACCCCGUGAGACCGCCGAGUACCUCGCGCACCUGCUGGGGAAGCCGGAAGCGGAGGUGCGUCAGCGACUGGCCAGUCACCCAUCGGCCAAGCGGAUAUCCCUGCUGAACACCCGCCGUGUUGUCGACUGGCUCUUGCCACGAGGAGUCACCCACGAGCAACUUUGGUAUGGACUUCAGGUGGUGCUGUACGACUCCGAGCUGGUGGCGUCCCACUUCCUGCGGCUUCCGGAGCGAGAAGAGCUGCAGCCGUACUCCGAGUGGCGCGACUGCCCCCAGCUCCUCGAGGUGCUGCUCUACUACAUCGAGCGAGAGGCACACUUCACGGGCCACACCCAGCUGGGCCUGUUCAGCGAGGUGGAGGGCAUCGACAACACCAGCCAGGAGAAGGUCACCCAGGCAGCGUCUCUGCAGAACCCUUACUUCCACCCAGCCACUCUCCCAGCAGUGCAGAAGGACGAAGAAGAGCGGGAGGAGGAGCAGACCGGGGAAGGUGGCUCGUCAUCGUCGUGACCCAAACCAGGUGACAGUCUGAUGCUAGUGCUCUUGGAUGCACCAAAUACCUUAGACAUGAAAAAUCUAUGCCCUGCUUGUAACAGAGCAGGUACAAGAACGACCUAUGGAAUGCCCAGGCACUGGCGCUAAUGUGCAAGACAAGAAGGAAAGGAGUAAAACGGAGGAGGCUCGUUCGAGUUUGCCCGUGACGCUACGCCUGUGAUGUGACCAUGUGUGACGAUUCCGGCUUGGGCCCCGAGGGCAUUGCGUGUUUGGGCGUGUUGGCAAGGCUGUUUUGGCAACACUCUGGCGCCGUCACAGAGGAACAAAGACGACCAGACUUGUAGCAGUGCUCCAGGACGGCAGACUGCGGCAACGUCACAUGGCGUCCUGAGGUGCCCCUGAGAUCGGCACAGUAACCUAGUCAUCGAGAUGCAGCAACACUGUGAUGUCAAAACGAUGUGGGCAGUCUCAUCGCAACACAUCCGUGACAGUGGAAUGUGACAUUACCUGUUCCGAGUGUCUCAGGAGUGUGAGACAGCCGUGCUGCAAGUGCUCUGAGCAGUGUGGGAGUACCAGUGUUUUUAUGGCGCUGAAGGAUGCUUUCAACUGGACCUUACGAUUGUGUGUAACGAGUACAAAUCUGAGUGAUGGUUGGACUACGACACCUGCUGUGUAGCUCCGGCAAAGCUCUGGCAUAUAAUCCACAGUGCAGUGCUGUAAACAAAGUUGCUAAACACUGGUCCUAUUUUAGCAGCUGCAGGCAAAACGGUGAAACUGUGCUUGUGAUAAACGCACUGCCUUUAGAUAUUUGAAAAUGCGUGCUUGCUGUGAGGGUAGAACAUUGUAAGAAGCAGUGUGUGACAAUCUACAACCUAGUAGUGGUUAUGGUAUGCACCGAUGAUGAAUCCCUGUGAAACUUAGUAAUGUUGACACAAAUGUCCGCAUAUUUCUUGAAAUGAGGUCUGUAAUUCAAGUAAACACUUGUUUUGUUACCGCAAUGUACACAACUCUUAUGAAGAAGUAAAUUACUGCUUGAUUACAGUAAAGUGGCUUGUGGAUAAUUGUUUUUCUGGCACUAAUGUCUGUUUCAUACAAAGCGAUAUUGCACCAUAUUGCACUACACUUUUGAAGCUACAAUAUCUGCACGUGCAUUCUCAUUCAGGGUGCAUAGUGAUUUCAGUUUCAACAUUUUCUAUAUUCAAGUGGCUGGCUGAUGUAUUGUUGGCAUACGCGUUGGCAUCCACAUUCUUUAGUGACAGUAAUGAAACUUACUACCAUACACAGUUUUAAGGGGGGACGUGGAAUGAAAACUGUUUUUGUUAUUUAUGGAGAUAAAGUGAUGAAAUUUGGAAUGCAGAUGUGCUUUGUUGUGCUGAUAUCAUAUUUGAAAUAUGGUUUGAGCUAUCUGUUGUAGUUUUUGAGUUACAACACUUGAUUGGCUCUCAUUGUCAUCCCAUAAUUAAUUAAUGAAUUAUACAUAAGUUCAUCGAGAUUUCUGCAUAAGUAUAUUCACA